AUGAAUCAACAACAACAACAACAAGAUGAUAUUGCAAUAGUUGGUAUUGGGUGUAGACUACCAGGUGGGUCGAGAACACCUCAACAAUUUUAUGAGCAACUUGUAAAUGGUCUAGACGGUAUUAGUACCGAUAACCAGGACAGAUGGUCUAAAUCAUACAAUGAUCAAGAGUUUAUUGCCUCGGAACGUGCUGGUUACCUAGAUAUGAAGGAAUGGACUCAUUUCGAUCGUCAAUUCUUUGGUACUCUCGCCGCUGACGCCUGUGUCAUGGAUCCUCAAGUACGUCUCUUUAUGACAGUCAUUUGGGAAGCUUUAGAAGAUGCUCAUAUCGACCCUGCAUCAAUCAGAGGUUCAAAUACAUCGGUGUUUGUAGGUCAGAUGUUUUAUGCAACCGAUAACAUGCACAUCUAUGACAUUCCAACCAUUAAACCUCUUCUCCGUGCUGGAAAGGGUGACAGUGCACUCAGAACAUCGUAUUGUUACGAUUUCCGUGGUCCAUCGUUAUCGAUUGAUACAGCCUGUUCGUCGUCACUCGUCGGUAUUCUUCAAGGUAUCGAUACUAUUCGUAGUGGCCAAAGUGAUAUCUCUAUCUGUGGAGGUAUGAAUGCUUUCGUCGAACCAACUUCAUCCGUUCAUUUCACGCGAUUAAAACUACUUGGCACAAAAGGAAAAUGUGCAUCAUUUGACUCGUCAGUCGAUGGGUAUUGCCGUAGUGAAGGUGUUGGUGUCGUCAUUCUCAAAAGACUAUCAAAAGCAAUUCAAGAUAAUGAUAAUAUCUAUUGUGUUAUCAAAGGUGGUAACUGUAAUGUCGAUGGUAACUUUGAAAAGUCAUCAGUGACAGCUCCAUCACGUGCAGCACAACAAGUCAACACAAGUACAGCUCUUCAAAAGACUGGACUGUCCCCAUCUGAUAUCUACUAUGUCGAGUGUCACGGAACAGGAACACCAACUGGUGAUCCAUUAGAAGUUCAAGGUAUUGCUGGUGUAUUUGGCGAUUCACAUUCAAAAGAACAACCACUCAGAAUAGGAUCGGUCAAAAGUAAUAUUGGACACACCGAGAGUACAGCAGGUGUUGCAUCAAUCAUCAAAUGUGCAAUGAUGCUCAAGAAUAGAACUCUGAUCAAGAAUAUCAACUUUAAAGAAUUAAAUCCAAGAAUUGAUCUGUUGGAUGGCAGAAUAAAGAUUGUAUUGGAGAAUGAACCUUUACCAGAUGACAGAGUCAUUCGAAUGGGAAUCAACUCAUUUGGUUUAACUGGUUCAAAUUCACAUGUCAUCGUUGAAGAAUAUAGAAAUAAUAAUAUUAAUAAUAAUAAUUUUAUUAUUAAUGAAAAUAAUAUGAAUAUUAUGAAUAUUGUUAUGAAUAUUUAUAUUAAUAUAAUACUCUCUUUUAAUUUAAAAACGAAAUUAAUUAAUUAG